AUGAACCAGCACUACGGGACGCGAGUGGUGGGUUCCAGCAAGGCUCGAGAUGCUCUUCCAAGGCAAGCUAAUCGAAAGACCGUGCAUACUGGGAAAGUCAAGUUUCUUCCGCUGACGGAAGUGAUGAGGGUGGAGAGAGAGAGAGAAGGGCCUUCCAACCCGAGCACCUUUAGCUCUAGACCUCGUCAGGAUAAACCACCUCCAUCAUUUCUGUCACCGAGAAGAACUUCCAGAAAGUCUGAAUAUUUCAGGCACAGGUCUCCUGUGAAAGUGAUCAGAGAACGAAUACCGGCGGUCGGAAAAGCUUCAAGAGAUGGAAGUGGAUUAAAGAGCCAUCAACAGGGACCCAAAGUGCUCAAAGAUAGAAUAGGUGAUGAGACAGUUCCGGCCCAGCAGGCUACGAGGGAGGUGAACAAGGAAGUGCUAACGGAAGCCGAUCCACCCUCUGUGGAAACCAGACCUUCUAGCUCAUUGAUAAAAGAGAAGUCUAUAGGAGGGUAUCGACUAGACCUAUUCCAUCAGGGCUUCUGCAUAAAUCGGCAUUUUCUUCCUCAAGACAUUGCUUGUCAUUUUCCAAGCCAGCUAGCGCUGAUGCUGCUCCUGAGCCUGAUGACGCGAUAUUGGAAUGUCUCAGAAACCAAUCUGAGGGGACAGUUUGAAUUCUCGGCCAGUGUUAUCCCUGCCAAGCGUUCUGGAACAUUUAAAGCUUAUUUCCCAGUUCGAGUACAUCGUACGGCUUAUGAGUACUCGGGGUUUAUUCCUGAAGUUUUUCCCGUUGAGCUGAUUCCUAAGUGCGAGCUACGAGACUCAAAGAUCUUUAGAAGAAUUCCUGAUUUCCAUAAUGCUGCUUUGCUCUUUUACCCGGAUGGCUCUUCUGAGGAUUAUGGUUACCUCUGCGACUUGAUGAAUAAUCAGGAUUAUGUGAUUAGAGGCUCUGUUUGGGAUGAUGUCGAGUUGCUGAUAUUCACAUCAAAGCAUCUUCCCGUGGACACUCAGUGGUCGAAAACUGGUCUCUUCCUGUGGGGAGUAUAUCGCAGCUUUAAAAAUCGUCCAGCUCCUCGGAUUCGGGAUUCAUCUGAAGAAAUCUGCCCAAGUGGUCCUGGUGUUGAAAAUCCAAACAAUGGUCUUAUUGCUAAAAAGGGUGGUAAUGAAGCUGCUGGUCGCAGAGGUGAUGAACCAAACUCUCUCGAAGAGUCACAGAAGAAUCCCGUGAUCGAGGCUGUGCUCACACGGUGGGUUCCUCCCUGCGAUGGUUGGGUCAAACUGAACACUGGUGCAGUCUUUAGGGGAGAUCCGGGCCCUGCCGGAGGAGGUGGAUCGGUCCAUGGGCGAUCAGGAAAAUGGAUCAUCGGCUAUGUUUCCAACCUGGGCGAGUGCAAGCAGCUGACCGCGAACCUGUGGGCACUGCUCUGGGGGCUGAACCUUGUGUCUGAGCGAGGCUAUAGGAAAGUCCAGGUGGAGACUGACUCUGAGCUGGCCCUGAAAUGCCUCAAUAGAGUUAAUACUGAAGGAGAUGUUGUCGGCCCUGAUGAUUUGGAUCUCAUCAGUUCCUGCAGAAAGCUCCUCUUGGGUGACUGGGAGAUCUCGCAGAGCCAUGUAAGUCGAGAGAUGAACCACCCUGCUGUUGUGGUGGCGAACCAUUUUGAGGAUCACGACGUAGGAAUCAUAGCCCUUCUCGAUAGCCCACCUCCUGACUUAGCUAAGAGUAUGAUGAACGGUCAGAGCUAGCGGCACCCUUAGGCCCCCUAGUGCAGAAGAAAGCCGAUGAUUGUACAGUUGGUUUAAGACGUAAAGAGUCGGUCACACGAGGAUGAGGUGUACAGAUACAACAAUUUGGUCAUCAUUCCUGAAAACAGUUAGGCGAAAGAUAGGAACAGAUAUGCUGGAUAUGUUGGAGCGGUACAGAAUUUUCAGAAAGGAUCGAUGUCGUGUUCUAUUGGAGUGUCUGUGAACUGCGAUCCGAAACUAGAAGCUGCUGCAGCUGUUGCUUGUUUUUGUCAUUAGAACACUCGAUCAAUUACUCGGCAGGUCAUGCGAUGUACGGAAGCAGUCGCGGUGCAGGAACAAUUGCCCAAAUUAUGCUUGUUUGGUAUGCUAGAGUACGGUUUUGGACUGUGAUAUAAAUUGCAAGUCUUUGACUAA